AUGAAGCCUAUAUUUUCUGUCCUCGCAUGUUCGCUGGGCUUUGCCCUCCGUGCGACUGCGCAAUUUCCGGAAGUCGCCAUAACUACCGACAACCCGAAUGAUACGUACACCAUGCAUCUGAUGGACAGAAAUGAUACCACUGUUCGCGGAGUUGUCAAUGUUACUGGUGGCCCAGGCGGUGUUGGAGUGAUGUACCAUGCCAAGUUUUGGGGUUUCCCAAACGAGACAGAAGUUGGAGGAACCUUCCCGUGGCACGUCCAUGUUGAACCUGUCGAUUCCUCGGGUAACUGCAACUCCACCCUUGCCCAUCUCGAUCUAAUGAUGCGUGGCGAGAUGCCACCCUGCAACGCGAGCACGCCCCAGAUGUGCCAGGAGGGCGAUCUGAGUGGCAAGUACGGCGAUAUUAGGAACGCGUCCAACGGAAGCGUCUAUGAAGUGACUUUUAUGGAUAAUUUCACCUCCGUCAAAGACGGCCUUGGUUCAUAUGUCGGCAAUCGAUCUAUCGUCGUCCAUUACAAGAAUACGUCCCGUAUCAACUGCGGCAACUUCACGCUAGUCAGCAUAAAUGGUUCUGCUACCCCCACACCAACUGCAUCGCAACGGCCCUCCCAAGGCCCUGCAAACCGUGUUGGUGCCUUCUGUCUUGGUGUGAUGCUGGCCGGUGUCGCUGCGAUGAUAUGGUAA